UUACGUGCAGCCGAUACAACAAGCUUCAGUCGGAUGCAAUGGGCGCUUCCUGUAAUACAGCUCUUUCACCUCCAGAUGGUUCUCUGCGGUACAAUCCUUCGUACUCAUUAUGGAUCCUUUUCGUCUCCAGGGUCGCUGGGUUUCAUUAUAUCCAUGCUGGAACGCAAGCGUCUAGGCAUGGAUACAUCAAAUUUUCACGCCGCAGACGAGCUAAUAAGGCACACUUUCGAUGCAAUGGUCAGACGAUUAUGGGAGGUCGAGUUUGGGCUGGAAAUCAGCGACAUGAGGGCUUAUGAGUGUGGGUUGGAAAGCCAUGGCAGAUCGGGCAACGGACGAGUCCAAAUGUUCGAGAGAGUCAAUGCUGUAGUCCAAAAGUGCCUGCGCAACGCAAGCCGAGUCGUCAUGGAAAACAAUGCGAACGCGAACGCGGUCCUGUUCCUCAGAGACACUCUUGCUUAUAUUGAAUUAGGUACUGCCAUCAAGGUCGGGGAUGUUGGGCGGAUAAAAAAUGUGUUGGAAACAAUAACUGUCAUGUUUCAAGCUGGAGGAAUGAAGAAUUAUGCGAGGGAGCUCUUGCGUUUGGCAUAUGGGAUUCACCACGGCUGGUCUGAACAA